AUGUUGUUGUAUGUUGCGCUAUUUUUACUGGUGAGUGGGCACAUCAGUGACGCGGACAUGGACAUUGAUAUGGAAUUGGACGAUUUUGAAUUUGAAUUAUUCCAAGAACAGGCCGCUGGUGGAGCACCUGCCGAAGAGAAGUCGACGGGAAUGGGUGAGACGGGUGUCACCCGUGUGGAGAACACCGUCCAGACAAUAGAAACUAAAUUGACUGAGCUCGACGAAUUAGAGCGAAAGAUAUUAAUUGCGAUUGACAAUGACAUGAACAAUGAUAAAGCUAAAAUGAGUUCAAAUAAAGUCGACGCAGCUAAGAGUUCUCAAAAGAUCUCAGAGGAGAAAGAACAACUCAACAAACUUAAAGACAUCCGUCCACGCUUGAAACAAAAAAUGAGGGAAGUGAUUAAAGUGUUGCCAAAAAGAGAGCAAUACAGACUCAUCAGAAAAAUGGACUUAAGACAUAGAUUCUCUCUUGGAACAGAAAUGGACACAUCUUAA